CAAUCAUCCCACUUUAGUGGUACAAUCCGUGAAUGGUUAGGAGAUUCUUCGUCUCCACCACAUGGAGAUGCUAUUCCAUACCACACCAGCCAGAACGCUUCACUAAUAAAGCCUUUCUGUAUUACCUCUUCCUUAUCAACAACCCAGGGGAAAAGAAGAAGAAGAAGAAAAAGAAAAAGAAAAGAGGCUAUUGAUUAGGUAUGGAUGGUCUCGGUCGUCGGCUCUUUACAAUUUUGGUCCAUUUGAUAGUGUCCACGAAGAUUGAAACAAUGAGUCUUAGAGUUAUCUGAUGACUCGAUGAGAACAAAGAGAAUUGAGCUGAAUUGAAUUGAAUUUACUUUACUUUACUUUACUUUCCUCACUUUACAAUUUUACUUGUCAAUUCAUCUAUCUCGAUCCCUAGUUCUAUCUCUAUCUCUCUCUCUAUAUUAAUUCUCCAUUCCCAUCUGAGCUGGCAAUCGCUGCAGGAAAGCCAAUAUAACUUAUUAUACAAGGCACGAGUAACCUUGACAAGCCAUCUUGCAUAUCCCGUCGCAAUUCCAGUCCUCGGAACACACAAUCACCAAAAAAGAAAAAGAAAGAGAAAAGAGAAGAACGACGUUAUAGAAUCCACACUUCAGUACCUUACCCAUAUAUCCUAGGUAUACAAUCCGUCCACACAUCAUCUAACACAUCCAGACCCGAUACUACAAUUCAAAGAAAUUCUCCGCUCGGAAAAGCACCUCAUAAGUCCCCGCCCCUCUUGUAUGCAAGCAAGAUUGGAACUUUCUUUCGCUUCCAACCACAUCCAUCCAUACAUCCCAUACAUCCCAUACAUCCCCAUCCCAUACAUCCCAUACAUCCCAUACACCCUAUCCACGUCUUUUCACUGAACGACCCUUUUCAUUUGCGUCGGUUCAGUGCAGGGUCCUGCAGCAAGAACGUGUAGAGAGAACCACUUCAACGAAAUUUCAUCACCCAAAGAUAGCCAGGUACCCCCACAUCAUCCAUUUUGUUGCGUCGUUUGUGGCUUAUGCAAGAGAUAGAACUUUCAGUUAAGAGCUUCCACUACUACCUAAGAGUUCCUGAACAAUUGUUGCCUUUUUGCGAGGAGGAUAAAAACUUCCACCAAGUCCCAGAGAGAGAAAUUCAAGUUAUUUUGGCCAACGAUCGACUGAAUUGAGACCAAGAUUUCUGCUUUUGUCUUAUUGCGCGUGGGAUUUCAACUUCAUGCGUUUGUGGACGGAUCAUCUGAGUCGUUGAAAGUUCUCAAUUGGUUUUGAGAUUACCCUGCUGUUGAUGCUUAGGGAAAGCUCCUCCUUUGUUCAUCUUGUUUUUCUUCUUCGAGGAACUCGCAUUCAAAUUCGAACAUUAAAUACGCCAACCCAAUUGACUUGACAUUGUCAACUCGACUUCUCUCAACUGAAGAUAGGUUUCUUACAGAACUCCAAGACUUCCAAGUCUUGUUAUCCCGCUUUGGUUCUCUUACUUCGGGUAACUGCAAGGUACUAUAUCCCAGGAGGGUCAUCUUGCAUAUAUCCCUGACACUGUGCCGUUGGCAAGGAAAGCCAAAAACUGGGGAAACCAGGAGCAUUAUGAAUGCUCAAAUAUCAUUCAUUGUGAGUAAAUUUUAAUUCAAUUAAUUGUUGAAGAGUCAGGACAGUGUGUGAAUUAAGAUGUUGUUGUCGGGUUGUCACUUGGAUAAGGGCUGGAAGAUGGACACAUCUGAAUGGUGUCUUGAUCCGAAAACUAUAAUGUCUACUCUGGACCAUUCAUCACCCAGUUCCCGAAUCCAUAUCUUUUAGGGAAGAGUGAUUGUCAUUUUUCCCUUCAAACAUGUGAAUAAGUCUCCUGGAGAUCGAUGCCGAGAUCAACUUCAGACAACAACAACGUUCCUAGAUGACUACUUUCUUGCUUUCAAUCCCUUCACAGUUACUUCUCUCAACUAAAUUAGCUAUCAUGGAUUUGUUCAAAAUCUACAACAAUGACACUCUUGAUAACCUACAUACACUUCAAACAAUUACUAAUCGAUCUCAGGAAGGCGAGUUCAGCCUGAUUCACAUACCAUUGCCUCUAUACUCUUUGCUACUGCAGCCAAUCUUGAGAGUCCUGUUACCAUACAAAGAAGCAGGCCCAUCGGAUGAGAAUGAAGAUGAGGAAAAUAGUCUUAUGUUCGACCAAGAGCAUGGUUUUCUCAAUAUCAGUGUAACUCCAAUUGAAUGCUCAGUUGUCUGUCAUAAAUCUUGGGCUGAGACUGUCUUUCAACCAAUUAUCAAUACACUUGCCAAAGAUGAGAACAACAAAGUUCAAAUAUCAACUGAUAGCUACAUUGUUUUCUCUGUUGAUAGUACUGGCACUGAUGCAGGUCAGAGAGUCAUGGAUCUCACCUCACCUCUCGCGAUGGCUGGCGUCCCUAUCUUCUUCAUCACGACCUACUACACUGAUUUCAUCCUCGUUCCAUCCAAAGAUCGUCAUACGGUGGGCCAGACUCUCAUAUCCCGCGGCUUCGAAUUCUCCGAAGAAGAUUCCGCCUACGUCGUUCCAACGCCCUCCCAUUCUCGCGGCCCCAGUUCCAACUCCAAUUGCAAUCCUCCUUCCACUCCACCUCCAUCCAAUAUCGCCGAACUCCAAGCACGCACUUUCAAACAUCUCAAACGUCGCAAUGUGAAGCCUUUCGUACAGCCAGGUUUACGCUUGGUUCAAUGUUCGGGUCGAGAUCGUAUGAUUGAAGAACGAGCAAUUUCCAAUGGCAAUGGCAACGGUGUACAUACCUCCUCUCCCCUCGAUGCAAUCAACACUCGCCUCUACAUGUCCAUCGUCUCGGCACUUAUCAACCAACCUACUUUCCUCUCUCUCACCAUCUCUCUCGAAGAAGGCUCUUCUCUUCUCCUUGACAAAACUCUCCUCCCUCUAUUUGGUUCUUCGAUUCAAGGUGAUACCGAUGGAGAUCUAGUACCGAUCUUCCUUGACCUAGUAGAUUUACCACUGGAGAGUACAGGAAUUGUUUGUGGGGUAGCAGGAAAAUUGGUGGAUGAGAUGAGGUUGAAUGAUAAACCGAAGGAAGAGGGUGGUAAUGCUUUUGGACAGGAAUUAUCAUACUUGAGUACUGCGAGAGCUGGAGCAGUUGUGUUGAGUGGAGAAGGAAGUGAAAGGGCAUUGGAGAUGUUGGGUGGAUUACUGGAUCAGGAAGGAGAAUAAGAAGUUUUGAAUACCUGAAGGGGUUUGUCAUGGGCGUGAUAUAAUGGAUACAUAUGGGGAUGGAAAAUGGAAAGCUGGAUGGAAGCCAAAGACAAAACUCGGAAAUCGAGAAGUGAAUAAGUGCAUUUGGUGGAUAGCGAGUCUUUUACGAGGGUGGCCAGCUUACUUACAUGUUGGUAUCGCUUGCAUACACAAAAGGGGUUUCGUUUUAAUUUAUUUCUUGGAUUAUUUGAAUGGAUUGGGAUUAGGGUCGGG